CUUGCGAGGUGACACCAUGUCAGAAGCACAGUUGCAGGACCCCUUCGGCACCGGCCACAUUUCGGAGAGCUUUGGCCUGGUCCUGCAGACACAGCUCAACUGGGAGACCUUCCUGACCCCCCUCUCCACCUCCGUCGCCAUUCUCGCCGACCUCAGCCGUCAGGCCAAGAGCGGCAACGACUUCCCUCUCCAGCAAGACCACCAGACUUCCCAUUCGGAUGACCCCACGUCAUUCCAAGGAUGGCUCCUGAGGAUUUGCCUGCAGGCUCCGAAAUCAUUCCAGGCCAUCCGUGACAACAUGUUCAAGAUCCAGGCCAAUUGUGAGGACAUGCCAGUGGUCCUGAGAAUGGUGAGUGAGGACUGGAGACAGGACAAGGGCCUUCCCCAGAAGAUGGGCCUGAUCCAGGCAUGUGCUGCCCAGUGCAAAGUGGCUGCUGGAGAUGUGGAGCGGAUUGUCACCUGUCUCAACCUGCAGCUCUCUCAGCUUCUGGAGCGAGCUGCAGCCUCGCAGAAAUGCAGCCAGGAGCAGCUGCAGGAGGUGCAGCGAGCCCUGGACACAAGCAGGGAGAGCUCCAAGUCCAUCGAGGAGGACAAGGCAGCUUUGGAGGAGGAUUGGGCCAAAGUUUCCCAGGAGCGGGAGAAGAUCAGGGAUGCCUUGAACGACAUCAAGUCUAGAGCCUUCACCGAGACCCUCGCGGAGGAGGUGCUGAGCGAGUUGAAGGAACGUCUGCCUCAGGUGCUGGACCUGGCACGCAAUGUGAGCAACCCGGCAGCCCUGGCCUCAGAGCUGGUCAGAGCGGCCAAGUUUGUCAUCAACGAGAUCACGGCCCUGAAGAACAAGGAUCCCAGCUCUGCCCUGGUCACCUUCCUGGUGGAGGUGGAAGAGAAGGCUGCGGAGAAGAUCAGACAAGUCCAGUCGCAGGUGGACCAAGCAGGAGAGAAGUAUGACCAGCAUCUCCGGGACAUGGAGAGCCUGACCAAACGCAGUGCGCAGUUGUCUGAGGAUCUGUCUGGCCAGGAGACACAGGAGAAGGACAUUGGCUCCACAAUGCUGCUGAUGUCCCAGGCCCUGGAGCUGCUGGGAAGCCUCCAAUCCAACUGGUCCCAGACCCUCAGCUUCAUCCACCUGAUCCCCGGGCUGAUGGCAGGGUGUCAGAGGAUGUUGGCCAGGCUCGGCGAUGGCAAGGAUGCGGACGGGUCGCAGGUGAUGGAGUACCAAGACCAGAUGUCACAGGUGUCCACCAUGCUGACCCACCUGGGGGCCACGGCUGGGGUCUACAUCAAGGUGUACGAUCGGCAUCUGAAGGGGCCGCUGAAAGAUCUGGCUGAAGUCCUGGCCCAUGGUGGGAGGGACUACAAGCUGAAGACCAUCCAGAGGAGUUGCCAGAGAGCCAGAGAAGAGAUCCACCGCCUGGCCAAGGAGCAGCAGCGAGAGUUGGGGCAGAGAGUCCAGCAGAGUAGUCAGGCCCUUGGACAACUGUCCCAGCAGCUGCGGCCAAGGGGCUGACGGAGGGGCAGUGGGGCCCCCGGGCUGAGCCCAGGGCCAUCAGCUCCACCCAGGAGAACUCUGGAGAGGAUCGGCAGCGUACCCCGACGCCAGCUUGCCCACGGCCCGGCUUCCUGUGCCCCCCCUCAGGUCAGCGAGACCACCCUCGUUGUAGCAGAUCACAAUAAAGCUACUCCUGUGGCCCA